AUGAGUAUAGACCUUGCAGUUAAUAUUUGUGUUGUUGGUGAACCUGACGUAGGAAAAACUACUUUUGUUAGAGUAAUUAAAGAAGGAAUCUUUUAUGAAGAUUAUAUCUCCACUGAUAUCAAAACAUACUACGAAUAUGAAAGGACAAUUAAUGACAUUCGGUUUCAUGGAGAUAUAAUUGAUUUUUCAGGACAUGAAUUGAUUGAUGGAAAUAAAACUUAUUUUCCUCCUUUUUUGGAUGGAAAAAUUCAUAUUGCUGCUGGGUCUGCCUCAGACCAAUCAAGUAUCAAAUAUGCUAUCAUGUUACUUCAACAGUCAAUAGAAGAAAAAGCUGAAGGACUUAAAAUUUGUUUAAUCCUUAAAACUGAUUUGGCAAAGACAUAUGAUUUAACUGAAGUUAAACAAUUCAUUAAUGAACAUAAUGGAAUGUUAAUCCAAUUAGACUGUCAUGAUAUUUCAUCAGUAAACAAAUCAUUUACACAAAUACUGACUAAGUAUAGUCAGGUAAUGAGUCUUUUUGAAAAAAAGGAUUUACCAAGCAUGAAAAUAGGUGGUAAAAGUAAAGACAAAAGAAAGGAUCAAAAAAGAAAAAAUAAAAAAAAAGGUAAAGGUGGUUGUUUUUUGUGCUAG